AUGAGUGAAGGUAAUUCAACGGACCAGAAAGCAGCCGGUACAAAAGGCAAACACUCUGUUGUUGGUCAAGAAGACGAUUAUAUUCAAGAUCAACUGCAUUCAACAUCAAUUAAGCAUGGCGGUCAGAAAUCAUCGAAGAAAAAAAACCAUGAAGAUGAAGUCGCAUCGCAAGUCGUUGCUUUAUUUGAUCCAACAUCUGAAAGCUGUAAAAAGAUUCUCCAGAUGAUCCUUAAUGUCAAUUCCGCCAUAUUAAUUAAAUCAAUAUUGUCUCGGCAUUCCACUCUGAAGAAUUACAUUCGAUCUAUUGAUCCAGCACUCCAGUAUUUGAUCGAUUCUGAACUUUUGAUUUCCUAUGAUUCCGGUUGUGUUGUGUCAUCUAACAAAAAUCGAGUAGUUCCCGUCUAUGUCAAAAGGAUGACUUCACCAGCAAACGCGAAAGAAAAUUCAGAUCUAUCGAAAUUGUUGAAAAGCUUUGGAAUUGAACACUCAGAUUAUCUUGCUACGUGGUGGAACAUUUCUUUACCUCCAACGAUAACUUUAUCAGAAGAGGUGUACGAUUUACUGUCCGGUGCACCAUAUUCAACUUUUAUAACUGUUCCGAUUGCGCAAUGGGCACCGAAAUCUCGUCAACAAGCAUCUUCUACUGUUUGUGUCAGUCAUACGGACAGUCAUAUUGAGGUUGUGCAAUCGGUUACACCGCCUAUACGGCUAUCAGCCGCGUCGACUCAUUUGCCCGAAGAUAUGAUACCGAAUAGAACGAUUCAUUCUUCUGAUAACAGUUCAACUGGUAGCAAUGCAGACAAUUCUACUGACACUGAAAAUGAAAAAAAGGCUUCGGUUGCACAUGCUAACACAAGCAGCCACAGACAACAGCGAAUUCCCAAAACAAUCAACGAUUUAAAUACCGGUGAUGAAAGCGAAAUGAUUCAGCAAGAAAACUCACAGCAAAGCCAAAAACGUAGCUUGCCACUGGAAAUAGAGCAUCAAUCACUUCCAUUAUUGCCAGCUAAUAUAAAUCCUAAUACAAAGAUUGAACGAACAACUAGCUAUCAAUACGAUAUGUUCACUCGACCACAGCAGUCAACGCUUUUUACUGUGAUUGAAGAGUUAUUCAAUUUAUCCGAACUCGCUUUCAUUGAACAAGUUAACAGUUCGUUUCACCAGUUAACUCCCAGUAGAUGUAUGCACAUUGCAAAUAUUUGUUCAAAUACGUUUGGGCGUCUAAUUGACGAAAACAGUAUUCAAUACAUUUUAAGCAUGUUUCAACACGGCUUUCUACCAAGACUCAAUAUCUAUCGUAAUGUUCAGAAAAUUGUGGACACUUAUGCCGAAGCAAAUCAGUUAUGCACGUUAAUCAACAAUGUGAUUAUUCCUGCCGCUGAAAAAUGUUGUACGGAUUGCGGUAAAUGUUAUUCUCAGCUAUUCUCUAAAUCAGUCUCGAUUUAUCAAUUCGAUGGAAAAAUCAGCAAAGGGUUGAUUUGUUACUAUUAUUGUGACCAUACUGGUACAGAAAAGUUCAAACAAGCACCGAGAAAACUUUAUCCCAACUUUAUUGAAUCGUUGCACGGAAAAAUUGUUAGCAAGAAAUCCCUUGAAUAUACCGAUUAUUUUUAUAUCGGUGGUGAUAGUGUGUUUUCGAAGAAAAUCUUGACACAAUUCGAAACACUUCUCGUAACUUCGCACACAAAUUUUCAAGGUUUUACUGAAGCCUACAACUUACUGCACAAAUAUGAAUACGAUACAGAACGAUUUGUUGAGCGUCGACUUUUUUCUCAAAUUUGGAUCAUGUACGAACUAGUUAAUUUGGCAUUUUUCAUGGGCUAUGAAGAAAUCUUGCUGCCGCUAACCAUGGACCGAACGCAGAAUGAUUCCUUCUUUUAUAACAUAUUUGAUUCAUUAUAUGUCCUGUUUGUCAAAUUCUGGUUAAAUCACUCAGAAUACAAAUCGUGUGGUUCGUAUUGUUCCAAAGCACUUGUUGUCGAUGGUAACCAAAAAUUAAGAAGACGAAUUUGCUUUGACAAAACAAAGACGAUAACCACGGAUGAAAUGACAACGAUUGUGGUUGGUUGUGAUCGAACUCCAGCCUACAAAUCACUGUAUUGCACCCAACACUUACGCGAAGCACGAUCUCGACGACCUACGACUGCCAAAUAUUUGACGAAUAAUCGAAUUCGAGCGUCAAAAUCAAAAAACAAGUCGAAAUUUCGUAAAGGAAAUACACGUUCUCAGCAAGCUUCCAUUGAACACGAAUCUAUCAGCUGCUCUACAUUGAAAGAAAAGCCUGAAGAGUACGUGAAACAAUGUUUGAGAUCUUUCGGUUUCAUCGUUUACGUAACCAACUGUAAUGUGGCUGUUGCUUUCAAUGAAAUUUUCCGUUCGGAAACCAUCAAAGAAAUAUUGAACGGAUUAAUAAACAUCGUGAACAUAUCACCAACUCUACCUCCAUCGAUUAUAUAUGACGACGCUUGCCAUCUAAUUCGGCGAUUAAUUGACGGACAAACAAGAAACGAAUUUUGUAUCACACCUGCGAUCAAUUAUUUAAACCGAAAGACAUAUAAUAUCGACAGAUUACACUUGAAAAAUCACAAGGAUACGUGGUGCCGAAAGUAUCUCGAUCCAGACGACAAUCCAUUGCUAAAUAAUGUCAACACAGAAUCUUGUGAACAGCUCUUCAGUUGGAGCAAUGGCUAUGCUCCAGCUUUUACUCAAAUGAACCAGUCUCGUUGUAGACUGAUGUUGCUCAUAACAUUCCAUCUUCGAAACUGCUAUUUGAAAAAUAUCAACCCACACGUCUUUAACAUCGCGAAGCCAAUUGUAACAAAAUCACGGCCUCUUAUCAUUUAA